GGUCUCUCUUGCAAAAUGGAGUUGUCCGAGUCUGUGCAGAUAGGGCUGCGCUCCUUCGCCGACCCGUCCUGCCUCGACCACACCGUCUUCCCGGCGCUGGUGGACGCCUCUUUCCGCAGCCUGCUGUCGGCGCACGGUGACCCCGGAGUCCUCGAUCAGCCCGAGCUGCAGCACAUCGACCGGGUCCUGCUGAAGCAGAGCCACGCUGCAGCCGCCACCUUCAUCCUGGAGGCGACCAAACACAACGCAGACAGGUCCACGAUCAGUUCCUGCCUUGAGGAACUCAACUUCAGUGCAGAGAGAAUAGAAAUCUUCUAUAACACCUAUCAGACACAUAAAAAAGAGCUGGCACGUCUAUUAGCAAGCAUAGGAAAGCGAGCACCUCACGUUAACGACGUCUCCUGGCGUUUGCAAUACCACAUAAAGAACGGACAGGUCGAUAAGGUCAACGAGCCUUCUUACUUGAUCUCGCUGAACACUGAGAACGAAGGAUCCUCUGAAGAUGUAAACUUCACAUGCACGAUGGAGCAGCUACAGGAUUUGGUGGGGAAGUUGAAAGACGCCGCUAAGAGUGUGGAGAAAGCCAGUCAGAUGUGAUGCCGGUGUCCGGUUUCCGUCGCCCUCUCUCCGCCACGGAGCGCAGGACUUCACCGGUCCUCACCGGUCUUCACCAUGUCCCUCUCCCCUGCUUUACUUCUUUUUUCACCUGAGAAUGACAAUGACUUGACAGAUAUUUCACAUUUGUGUUUCUAUUAAAAACCUCGAGAAAUAAAAUCCACCUUGUGCCUUUA